AUGGACUUUGCUAGAGAAGACAAGAUUUUGACCAAUUCUUCUAUAAAUUGCCAACCGUUCUCGCAAAAGUCUGAGUCCCUGCGUAAAAUCGGUCUGCAUACUGGACAUUACAAUUUGGCCAACAGCUACGAAUCGAUUCUUUUGCAUAUUUUUAUUGCUGCUACAUCGUCAUCUGACAAAAAAGAAUCACACGCAGAAAGACCAGAAAAAGAGUUGAAUUCCAUAAAAUAA